UGCACCGCAAAAGCCUUUUGGUUUUUCUAUCCUAAUUUUUCCUGUGGCAAGCUGUUCAAAUCCAGACGACAUGAGCGGGUCGAACGUCAGCCACCUGCUGACGGCGCCAUCAAGUGGCAAGUUGGAUCACUACUUAGAAAACUACGAUUUGGACUACGGCAUUCCUCCCGAUGAGAUCCCGGACACCACGCAGGGCCAGGCCUUCUUCGUCGCCACCAUCAUCAUCGGCGUGGUGCUCGUCUGCAUCAUACUGGUCUGCGGCUUGGGGAACUUCAUCUUCAUCGCCACCUUGACGCGCUACAAGAAGCUUCGCAACCUCACCAACCUGCUCAUCGCCAACCUGGCCAUCUCGGACUUCCUGGUGGCGGUCGUUUGUUGUCCCUUCCUGGUGGACUACUACGUGGUCAAGCAGCUGUCGUGGGCUCACGGCCUGGUGCUGUGCGCUUCCGUUAACUAUCUGCGCACCGUGUCGCUCUACGUGUCUACAAACGCCUUGCUCGCCAUCGCGGUGGACAGGUACAUGGCCAUAGUUCAUCCUCUGAAGCCCAGAAUGAAGUAUGAAACAGCCUACUGCCUGAUAGCCGGAGUCUGGAUUAUUCCUAUUCUCAUCUCGAUUCCCUCAGCAUACUUCGCCUCUGAGACCGAGUACCCCCACAGCGGGACCACCCUGACCCCGGUCACUCACAAGGUCUUCUGUGCUCAGAUCUGGCCGGUGGAUCAACAAGCGUACUACCGUUCCUACUUCCUCUUCGUCUUUGCCGUGGAGUUCGUUGGACCCGUCAUCAUCAUGGCUUUGUGCUACACCCAAAUUUCCCGCGAGCUCUGGUUCAAGAACGUUCCUGGUUUCCAGACGGAGCAGAUAAGGAAGCGUCUGCGCUGUCGCCGCAAAACCGUGAUCGUGCUCAUCGGGAUACUGAUGGCGUACAUCCUGUGUUGGGCGCCCUACUACGGCUUCACCAUCCUGCGAGAUUUCCAUCCUACGCUAAUCUCCCGCCAAAAGAAUUCCCUGGUGGUCUUCUACAUCAUCGAAUGCCUCGCCAUGAGCAAUAGCAUGAUCAACACCUUCUGCUUCGUCAGCGUCAAGAACAAUACCGUUAAGUACCUGAAGAAGAUCGUGCUGCUGCACUGGAGGUCCACGUAUGCUCCGAGUCGGACUGUGGAUGAACUGGAUUUGAGGACCGCGUCCUUGCCUGUAACAGAGGAGAUUGAAUGCAUUAAUCUCAAGUAAGCAUAGUCACUGACAUUUCAGACUUAAAAACAAUGCUCACUUAGGCUGGAUUUACA